AAAUUUCAAGUUUCAUCGAACGCAUCCAUGAACAAAGAUAAAACAGAUUCUUCAGAACAAAAUGGUCGCCCUGCUGAACCAGGCGAUCAGAUUUGUAAAGUAGAUUCAGAUCAGAAUUUGGAAAAACAAACCUCUGAAACAAUAGAAAACUUAAAGGGAGGAGUAAAUAUGGGUUCCAAACCGAACACAGUAAACCUUAAAAAUCAACCUGAUGGAGAAGCCCCCACAGGCCAAGAAAUUGAUAGAAAUACUCAGGAAAUUACACAGAAUUUAGCCGUACCUGAAAUAGCUCCUGAAGAUAACAUGAAAAAAAUCGGAGAAAAAGAAGGUACAAAUUCACCUGCUCAAAAUAUUUUAAAAGAGCCACAAGAAGAACCAGAGGCGGAAACUCAUCAAAAUCAAGUAAGCGAGGUUGCUCCUGCUAUUGCGGAAGCAUCUCAGCCUCAGAAGGAGAUGACCGCUGAAACGAGUGAAAAUUUUCCUAAAUCUAGAGUAAUGGAAGUGAAUACUGAAAAUAUCUGAGAGAAGCCUAUAGAGCAUCAAACACAGCUUAUUGAAAUUAGCAAAGAAAGUCCUGAGAAGCCUGAAAAUCCCAGGAAAAAUACUGAAGAAAAAUUAGGAAGUAUAGUACCUCAAGCUCCAAGUGUAAAAAGAUCACUCCGAGAGCGUAGAACUCGCGGAAUAAGAGGGGCAGAUGCUUCGCACAAGUGCCACGUCUGUGAGAAGAAUGGCUUAAGAGCUGGACUCAUCCCAUGAACACAAGGCAAAGAAGAAUGUGACAUUUUCUUUUGAAAUAUUUGAAUUAAAUAAAUUUAACCAGUCCUUAAGUGAAGAAGAUAGCCUAAAGGGCAUUGAGUGCCCAGUGUGUCAGGGCAUCUGUUCUUGCUCUAAAUGUAGAGCCUCUGUCCUUGAGGAGGACUUCCAAAAAGUCAAUGAGCUCCUAGCCCAAACCGCAAGUAAAGAUGGUGGAAUGGGCAAUCAAAAUGCUGGAUUACAGCCCGAGCCUACAAAGGCAGAACAUGAUGUUGAGAUGGAAGCAGAGAUCACUCAAAGACAAGAAGAGUUUAUGCCGGAGGAAGAUAAAAUUGAAGACCCAGCUCCUCAAUCCCCAACUGAGAUAGAUUCAUCUGCUAAUCAGACCGGACAAACAUCGUCAAGAGGAAGAAGAGCUGGAGUUCCAAGAGGGCCAUACAAAAAGCACAAUAGUGAUGGUGCAUCUAAGAAGAAGUCCAAAAGAGGAAGAAAGAGGAAGAAUAGGAAUCUCCACGAUGGCUCUUCGGAUUCAGAUAUAGAUCUUUUCAACUAUGACAAAUUUUUAAAACGAGCGAGUAAAAAGGGAACAAGAGUUCAUAUGAAUGUCAGGAUGUAUGCUCUUAGAACUCCAGUUGAAGGCUUCACUUGUUUGCUCAGAUCAACUCUUCCUGUUGAGAUAGAUCAAAAGACCCAGAAUUCCAAGAAGACAAAUAUGGUAAAAGAGAAAGAGAUAGUGCCUGCCCAAAUGGAACCUUCCGAAGAUAUUAUUAAGAACGAGAAAGAAUUUGCUGAGCAAGAUUUUGGACAUGAAAAUUCAGAAAGACAAAAUUCUAACAAAGAUUACUUGCACGCUGGUGAAGACUUCUAUAAUGUCGAUGGUUAUGAAGCUGGCAGAUACAACCUUCGGAGACGAGCAGCUGAAAAGAAAUAUUAUGUCGAAGACGUUGAAGGUGAAGGAGAGUUAGAAAAUCCAAGGUACCUUAAAGCUGAAGAGUUCAAACAAGUUGCUCGGCCAACUCCUGGAAUCGGAACAAGCGGAUAUAAUAAGAAAAAGAGAAAGAAGAAAGAAGAUGAUGAAGAAUAUGUGGCUGAAGACGAUGACGAUCAAGAAGAGAAUGACGAGUUGACACCAGAUAAGCUACAAAUGAAGAACAAUAUGAUGAACAUGCACAACAACAUGCCUCAGAUGAAUCAUCAGCCAUUUGGAAAUCCUGGCCUUCCCCAAAUGAACCCAAUGGCAAUGAUGGGCAAUCCAAUGCAAGCUCAGAUGGGAAAUCAAAUGAGUAAUCAAAAGAGUCUAGGCAUGCAGAACAAUAGACCGCAAAACAUGCAAGGAAUGAUGCCAACAAUGGGAGGAUUUCCCGGCAUGAUGGGAAUGCCACAAAGUCUAAAUUCGUUAUCCUGGGGACUAAACAGGAUGCCGAAUAACUACCAGAACAACUUCCCUCAAGCAACAUCAUCCCAAAUGGGAAAUCAAACCUUUGGUGGUAUUUCAACUCUACCUGGAGGUAGUAUGGGAAACAAUCCCAAUAACUUCAAUUAUCAAGCUCAACGCCAUAACACCCAGGGUAUGAGUCCAAUGCAGUCUUAUCAAAUGGGACAGAAGCCGAAUAUGUCUAACAACACGUUCCCACAACAAAACCCUCAAAUGAAUGGUAACCCCAUACAGAAUAUGUACUUCCAAGGCCAAGGCCAAAACGGAAUGAUGAAUAGGAUGAAUAACAGAAUGAACUAG